AUUUCACAGCUGUUUGGAAAUAUCUAAAUAUUGAAAUGUGUGAUCAAAUUAAAAAUCGUCCUUUACCUCCCAUUCCUUCCAUAGCAGAAGCUAAUUUACGUACUAGGGGUGUUCCUCCGCAAAUACCACCCCGCAGGAUUGAUUAUGAAAACAGUAAACGUUUGAGCCAACAAAAUGCUGUAGUCGGAAGUUCCGUCAGUUCAAAGAGUGUUCAAAACAUUCCUCUAUAUUUUCAAGAAUCAACUAGUGAGAUGAAUGGCAUCACAUCUAGCAUUGCAAACAGUUCCAAUGCAAUACUUCCCGAUACAUUGCAUAAUAUCUACGAGGGAACUCCUGUCAGAUCAAGUGUAAUUGAUUUAUUGAGCGCUGUAACGGAAGAUAGCUUUACUAGAGAAUCUACGUUUGACGCCACGUUUGACGACACAAUGGAUCGUAAUCGAAUGAAACGACUCAGCACUUCACCAGCAAACGCUGUUGACGAACUGUUGCAAAACGAGCAGAAGUACAUCGACAAUCUGAUGAAUGGCAUACUGAACUUUAUUCCACUGCUCUAUCACAUGAAUCUUCCGGCCGGCUUAUGUGGUCAAAGGAACAACCUGUUCGGAAAUAUCGAAGAGAUCCACGAACUUCACCAGGAUGAGUUUAUCCCUGCACUUGGUCGUUGCUACCAAAAUGUGGAACAAAUUGCCGAAUGUUUCAUACACUUCAUAGAAACGGACAAACUCUACUGCUACGUAAAGUAUGCUCUAAACAGACGGAAAGCGGGUAUUAUAUUUGAAAGACAUCGAGAUUAUUUUUCGUCUAACCAACAUGAAGUGAACAGCUUUCUGCUGCAACCCAUCCAACGGCUUCCCCACUACAAACUGUUCUUGGAGAAGUUUCUUAAGGAAACCACCAAAUUUGGGAACACCGGUACUUCCGUAUCGAUUCGUAAGGCCCAAGACAAGCUUAGCGAUCUGAUGGAUCUGGUGAAUGCGGCAGUGUCGAUUAGUGAUAUUCCACAGUGUGCAAGUGAAUUCUCUGCCAUUGCCGCCUUUCCCAUGACUACGCUGGGCUUCAACCGAGACAACGAUCUGGCUUGUACGUUGAUUUUGAAGCCGAAGGGGAACAAAAUAGUUUCUAGGAAUAACCCGAUUGAUCUUUUUGCCCAAGGAAAGUUCGUUCAGAUAAUAGAAACUGAAAUUUAUGAUGAAUCGCGUUACCGAAAGUACAGGUCAAAGUUUUUCGUGUUUGAGAAACUCCUCAUCUAUACGGAGAUAGCUAAGGAUAAGUUUUCGUACAGGGGACACUACUACGAUUCGGAAAUCAACUGCUGGGAGGAUUCCAGAAAAUUGCACCUAUUCUGCCUUCACCGAGGAACGCAGGAGAUUCAUAUGGACCUUAAUCAGUCACUGGCGAACACUGUGAGAGCUAUUCGGAAACGGGCAAUUGCACAAUUUUUCAAUGAGCCGCAGCUGAUAGACUUUGAUGCGGUAAUAGAACCGCACUCUUCCAGAACAUCCGUUGGAUCAGAUAUUAACUUGGAUAAUGGCAUUACGUCUUUGAUCAAUUCGCAAAUUAGCUAUAUUCAAGUUUUUCGCGCCAAUUUCGAAUUCUAUUUUGAAUUUCAUCAACAAGAACAAGACUCUCAAUUUAGUAAAUUCAAAGAUACAUGCAUUCAAAUGGAUCGUUUGCAUCACCGAGUUUUACAAGAUUUAUCAAUAAAUGUGGGAAAUAUUUUGGAAAUUUGUACGAUUUUCUUGCAGUAUGUAAAGACUGAAUUUCCUCCAGUUUAUGGAGAUUACUUACAAUUAAUCUGCAAUGUUGCUAAAUACUGCCUAAAUCGAACGGGUUCGAACGACUCCAACGCCUAUCUUGUUUCAACAAUUGAUGACUUCCUAUAUCUUUGUAUCGAAAGAUUGCAAGCAUUCGCCCACUUCUUCGCAACAUUAACCGAUAAUUUGUCGAAAAUGAUUACCAUAAACGCAUCAUUUGAUAGAUCUCUGUAUCAUCAGUUGGCAGUAGCGCAAGUUGAGUUGGACACAUACGCUCAAAAUGUCAACGAAAACUACCGAUUACUACGCCUAGACGAUGGAGCUAUCGAGUGUGGCUUGGUUGUAAGUAGCAUGCGAGCAAAGGUGAGAUCGGUCACGCGUGAGUUCAACAGUUGCAGGAUCUUCAUCUGCGAGCGUGGGGUGAUUUGUGUUGCCUGUAGCAAAGAGAAUCAGUUUACCAAGCGGAAUGAUAAUUUUGAAUCUAUAUUGUUUUGUGAUAAAUUUGCCGACAUGGCCCAACCAAUGCGCCUACGAAAAAGUGAUAAACAUAAUGACGCGGUUUGUUUCACGAUAGGAAGUGUAAAAUACAAAAUAAAAUUCCAAACGAGUCAAACCAGGGAUACGUUUUAUAUGAAGUAUGCAAGACAAAAGUGUAUGUUAUUAAAAAAUAAAACCAUUGCAUGA